UGGUUGAGUGCAGACCUACAACCUGCGCGCGCAAAUCCUCGUGAAAUUGUGAUAUUUUCCCAGGGCGGGGAUUAAGUGAACAUUGUGUUAAAAAGCUUGCGGCGAUUUAGUGCUGAAUAUAAGGGAACUCUCGGAUUCUAAUUUGAAGAAAAGGAUGGGAUUGAAAACUUGAAAUAGUAAAAGGAGGAGGAACCCUGGACCUUGGAAAUGAUGAGAAUUUGGGGUAAAAAAGGUGACACACCCCCUGGAGGUGGAGGGAGGUGGGACACUUCUCUUGGAGGACGGAGAGACCCAUCAGGGUCUGGUGGAAGAUGGGAUGGUCCUUCGAAUGUAUCUGGGGAGGGUAGAUCAGGGAGAUAUAACAAGGGUGGAAGCCUGGACUCCAGGUACUCUAGAACUCCCUCUGUAUCCUACUCCCUGAAUGCUCCGUACCUACCGGAGUAUUCUAAUCCAUAUAUAGCUGGGCAACCCUGGCAGGAACCUGCUCAACCAAACCUUCCUCUUCAUAUCAAAGAAUCUAAAUCUGGUCGGGUCCGGAGCAGAUCUAGAACCAGAACUAAGGAGGAAAAUCCAGAUAAGAGGAUAGGACGUGUUGAGUCUCUAAAGAAUCUUAUUCUCCAUGGUAAGAUUCAACCAGACCCAACGGCUCCGGAGAUAUUCAACUUCCCAACCCACUGUUCCUGCAGACACUCAACCAGAAGAUCUAAGUCUAGUGAGAGGGUUGGAGAGCGGGCCUGGUAUGGUUACCCUAUCCAUGCUCUACCCUUCCCUCAUGAAACCUUCAGAUUAAAGAGAAGAAACUCAUCCUUGGAGAACCUAAACCAGAUCUUUUUUAGGGAUGAGACAAGUGAUAAACCGAAGGAGAACAGGGUUGUCAAGUUCCACGACGAGGCCCCUGACAGGGGUCGGUCAACUCAAAGGAAGAACGGAAAACCUGAAAUUAAAUCUAAAUCUUUACUCAGAACUUCAACGUCUAUUCUUAAGGAGAGCGGUAAUAUUUGUCCAGAUGAGAUGGAGAAGCAAAAUCAGCAAACUCAAGAAUCUAAGUCAACAGAAUGCAAAAAGAGGGAAAAGAAAAAGAAGAAAACCAAGAUAGAGGAAAAGCCUAAAAUUGAAACCCCGAGCGUAAAUAUUGAUAGAACUGAGAAACCUUGCCCUCUGAACCUGUCUACGGAGGAGUCUGGAUAUGAGAGUGAUCUAACUAGAAAGAGCGGCUCCGACAAGAGUUCUGACACUAGUAUAUCAAACUCUCCGGUCUCGAAUAGAAGUGUUAAACUUGACUCCGAGGAGAACCUGGAGAUCAGAGAGGAAUCUGAGCAAAGUGAUCUGGAACAGAGAGAUCUCAGCUUAGAUUCAAUCACAACAACAAACGGAGCCAUUCCUGAACGAGAAGGUUGCAACAUCUCCGGUUUAGAUUUUAAACUGGGGAUUUAUAAGAUGCCAGAUAUUAUUGAUGCUGAGAGUGAAGAGAACUUGUCUCUACCCCUAGUCGGAGACAAGGACUGUUUGUCUGGGAACAUGGAAAGACAGAGCGUAUCUUUACUGGAUGUGUUUAACAGGACGGAUGAGGAGAAGAUGGGAACCUGCCUAAGUUUAUCAGAUGAAGAUAAACUAUCAGCUGUUUAUCAGAAAAAUAAUCAGGGAAUAUGUUCGGUUAAAGAAAAUAAAUCUGAGAUGGAUUUAUUCGUUAAAAAUGAUUUAUCAUUAAAAGACAAUAGUCUUGCUUUAGAUUUAAUCUCCGAAAAUCCAUCCGAAACCAACGAAACAUCCUCUGAACAUCAAUCCCAAGCUAGCGAUUCCUCCUCAAUACAUCCUUCGGAGGAAACCAAUUUAUCCUCCAGCCUCUGUUGUGAUGCUGCGGAGUUGUCCUCCGACAAUGCAAUCCCUCCAGGAGUUUCAUCCAGUGACAAUUCAUCUCCCUCUACUAGUAAUUCCACCACUGAUCCAGAUUCAUCCAUCAUCCUAAUGCAAGCAGAUAAUUCUUCAUCUACAAAUAUGACACAAGGUUCCAAUGAUAUAUCAAUAUUUUCAUCCACUAAUCAAUCCUCUUGUGUCACCUUCUCUAAUCAUGAAUUAUUUAUAAACCGAAAUAUUACAGACAACAUAAAAGAUGAAAUAAAACCAGCAACGAAUAAAGAUUUCCAGUCCUCGGACUCCAUAAAACAAUCUCUAGUCAACCAAGAAAGUCAGAUCAGAUUAUUUUCUACUCCGAAUACCAAUCUAAAUCUAUCCAACCCUAAUCCAGAACCAGUUGAACUUCUGAGUAUAGAAUCUGUAAGUGAUAUCUCCGUCCAACCAACCAGCAUGUUGUCUAGCCAACCAAAAAGUAAUGAAUCUGACCAACAGUCUGAUGGAAACGAGAAUUCUGAGAUAUCAGUGUCAGCGUUAUCCACCGACACUAUCAGUGAUAUAACAAACGAAUCAGACCUUUCCGUCCAACUUUUAAAUGAUGAUCUUAAACAGUCACACAGUGAACUAUCCUUCCAGCAUACCAAUGUGAGUUCUGGGCAACUAUUUAAAAAUCCUGAAUGCGUAAAGAGUGCGGAAGCAUUAGGUCCUCUGCAGACAAGAGAAGAUGACCAAACCAAUAACAAAACUGUCAAAGCUGACCUUGAAACUAAAUUAAGUGCGCCCGGCGCUAAUUCAGAAUAUUUAAAUAAUGUUGACGCGGACAACGUUGUUUGUGAAGAGAUUGAAUCUAAACCUAACGAAGGUGAGUUUGGGGUCUUGGCAAACAAGGAAGAAGAGGUAAAUCCUGUGAGUUCCCUUGAUACAGGAGAAGAUAAUAAAGAGAACAAAGAAUCCGAGGUCAAGGUUGAGGUUGAAAAUAUCAAUCCUAGGUCUCCGGAUCCAACCAAGAAUGAUGACAUGAAUUGUACAUCCUGUGUUCAAUCCUUUGAUAUUGCACACCUGAGUGAAAUUAGCUCUGUCCUGCCGGAGAAUCGCCCUGAGCAGGUGAAACCUGUCAAAGAAAGUGAACUCUGCUCACCGGAAGUUCAAGGUGAUCAAAAUACUGAUUCUGGAGUUGAUGGAUUGGAUCAAUUCCAUCAUAAUGUCACGAGUCUCAGUGUUGAAUGGAAUACUAGUCAGUUCCCUGCUACCACCAGAUUUAACAAUGAAGAUGAAAAUCUUUCAAACCUUACUCAUAAACUCACCCUGCAGAGCGGAGCACAAGGAGAAGUUUCAAACAAAUUUAUUUCAUCCAAUAAACUAGGACAAGAGUCCCUUGCUCACAAUAAGUCUGCGAGGAGAGUUCGAAGCGGGGACGGAGAACUCUCAAGGUUUGAAGGAGAGGCGGGAGAAACCUCUCUUCCACUUGAUUUUGGAGACUCUCUGCCACCAAUACUCUCCGGGUUGGUUGAUAAACAGUUUAGGAUGUGUAGGCUAGUGAAGGAAGCUGGUAUGGAGCUAGGAGUUCUUAUCACCAAGAAAUAUAACAAGGAUAAGAAAACUACAGGAUACAUCAUUGCAUACAUUGAACCCAACGGUUUAGUUUACAGGGAUGGCAGGUUCCAGGUGAAUGACGAGAUAAUCAACGUGAACGGAUCUACACUACGGGGUCUGAGUAUGGAGCAGGCUAGAAAUAUUUUAAAGAAUACGUCCCGGAAUGUGGAUAUCAUCAUAGCACGGUCUCCGGAUCCAACUAAAUCCAAAUCCUAUGUUCCUAAGCCCCUGAGCAGACGGAAAAGAAGGUUACCUGUGAUAGAGCGACCUAAAUCUGCGCCUAUUGCCGGAGAACUGCACGAAACUUCCGAUUCCUCCCAGAUCACUGACGAAUCAAACUAUGUUAUUGAUGUCUGUGAUUUCUCCGGUAGUGAGGGAGCAAUAAAAACUGUGAUUAAAAUCCCGUCCGGAAUGUACGAAGGAGGAUCAAGGAGCGGUAAUUCUAGCCGCAGUGAACGAAUCCUGCCUGAAAUACCGCGAAGUCCCCUGGGAGUUCAAGAAACAGGAGAUGGUGGAGUUCUACCGAAGAAGAGUGUUCAGGUCACGGUGCAUACCGUACUUUUCCACAAGGGAGGAGGAGCUAAAGGUCUAGGGUUCAGUGUGGUCGGAGGGAAGGAUUCUCCGAGAGGAAAUAUGGGAAUAUUCGUUAAAUCCAUAUUUCCAGGAGGACAAGCUGCAGAACUAGGAACACUUAAAGAAGGAGAUGAGGUGCUAAGUGUGAACGGACGAAGUGUUCAGGGAUUAUCUCAUGAACAAGCAAUAUCUGAGUUCAGAAAUAUAAGAGUAGGAGAGGUUCUUAUCCAUCUUGCUAGAAGGAAUAUACAGAAAAGGUUGGAUGAAUAGCAGAAGAGAAAUCAACAAUAUUCACAAUAAUUGAGAGCAAGAUUCCUGUUCCUGGUUUGGAAGAGGUGGACGUCUUCAAAGUUUACAGAAUUAAUGAUGAUUAUAUUUAUUGUUUUACUGUUUAUCUGUGAUAUAUAAUAUGUUUCGUCUUUUAUCCGUCAAAAUACAAAUUACUCGAAUAAUUA